CGGCCCCGCCGGGGCGGAGCGAAGCGGAGCGGGGCGGCCCCACCGCCUCCCUCGGCCCCUCGCCCGCGGCGCGACCGAGCCGCUUCCGGGCAGCGGGGCGAGGGGUGGCGCGGAGCCGGCGGCCGCGAUUUAAGGCUAGGCUUCAAGAUUUUCAUUAUGCUUCACUCCUCUGCAUCUGCAGAUCCUGAACUUGAGCAAAAUGGUAACGCAUGGUGGUUGCAGUUUUCUGCUAGGGUGCUAGGUUAUAUCAGCACCCAUGGUUCAAGGAGCAUCAGAGCGGACACAGAGUAGAUCAAGUGGACAGAGGAUAAAGAUAGGACAUGAAGGUGAGUUUUUGAAAAUGUCAGCAGAUAUACCAUUAAAUAUUAACAUCAAGGAGCCUCGAUGGGAUCAAAGCACUUUUGUUGGACGAGCCAGUCACUUCUUCACUGUAACAGACCCCCGGAAUAUUUUGCUAUCUGAUGCCCAACUAGAAAAUGCAAGAAAAAUUGUGCAUGAUUACAGGCAAGGUAUCGUGGCACCUGGCUUGACAGAAGAUGACUUGUGGAGAGCAAAAUAUAUCUAUGAUUCAGCCUUUCACCCAGACACUGGUGAAAAGAUGGUCUUGAUUGGCCGAAUGUCAGCUCAGGUACCCAUGAACAUGACUAUCACAGGUUGUAUGAUGACCUUUUAUAGAACAACACCAGCAGUGGUUUUCUGGCAGUGGAUUAACCAGUCCUUCAAUGCUAUAGUAAAUUACACAAACAGGAGCGGUGAUGCCCCUAUUACUGUCAGCCAGCUGGGAACAGCCUAUGUUUCUGCUACCACGGGUGCUGUUGCAACAGCUUUAGGACUUAAUGCACUAACAAAGCAUGUCUCACCUCUUAUAGGACGGUUUGUUCCUUUUGCUGCUGUUGCUGCUGCUAACUGCAUUAAUAUUCCACUAAUGAGACAAAGGGAACUUAAGUUUGGAAUCCCUGUCACAGAUGAGAACGGAAACAGACUGGGUGAAUCGACAAAAGCAGCUCAGCAGGCAAUUACCCAGGUUGUUAUAUCAAGGAUUCUUAUGGCUGCUCCUGGCAUGGCGAUUCCUCCCUUCAUAAUGAAUACAUUGGAAAAGAGAGCCUUUUUAAAGAGAUUUCCUUGGAUGAGUGCUCCCAUUCAAGUUGGAUUAGUCGGAUUUUGUCUUGUGUUUGCAACACCCCUGUGUUGUGCACUGUUUCCUCAAAAAAGUUCUAUGUCUGUAACACGCUUGGAGCCAGAAUUGCAAGCCAAGAUCCGAGAGAGCAGCCCUGAACUAGAACGUGUAUACUUUAAUAAAGGAUUAUAAUUCAAGGAAGGGAAAAUAUCUUUCAAGGAGGAUCUUGUGAACUUAUUUUUGAGUUAUGUGCCAACAUAGUUGAAGAUGAGAACUUACUUUUAACUUGUACUUUUGUUAAACAGCUUUGAUUAUCUGCAUUAUUUCGUAUUUAAAGACUUCCUUGUUGUAGUGUUUAAAUUACAAAAGGUCAUUUUGUCCACUUUGGUAUUGAUUAAAAGUUUAACCAUACAUAUCCAAAAAUGUUUACAUAAGCUCUCAAGCAGGUACGAUAAUAAACAAGCACACAAAGAAAAAUA